AUGGAUGCUGGUGAGAACUUGUUCGGGUCCGAUGAACGUCUCUCUCCUCAAGUCACUGAAUUGCAGGAGAAAACAUCCCUCGAGGUGGACCCUGUCGGCAAUAUUGCCAUUUCGGAAACCAACAGAACUCUCCGAGAUACGAUCGAUGCAGGAGAGGGAGACUUGCGCAACCUUAUUCUGGAUUUGGAGCUCUCACCAAUGUACGGAGGCAGUAUGCCAGUACGUGUAGACUGGUUCAGAGACGGCAUCCGUCUGGAGCAAUUUUCGGACUCCGAGAUGGAAUCUCACCGUUGGGCAUGCACAAAAUGUUCCCGCUUGCGUAGCCAUGUUUGGUUUGACAACGAGUCACUGACAAGCCUGAGUUACCGAAAACCGAACACCGGCUAUCCUGCUGCAGAGCCCAGCCCGUGGGUGCCAGCGUCAAUGAGAACGGAGGCUGCAAUGGAUGCACCACCCUGUAUGGAGCCAGAGGAGCAGAGAAAACACCGAAUCUACGAGGCUAUUAAGGUUUUUGAUAUGCGCAAUAUCCUUGCAAGCCACCCCGGAGAAGAAGUCCAUCCCGAACGCCUCAAAUUGGGGCUGGCAGAAGCUCAGGCCCUCGGCAUCCCAGAGGUGACUGCUUUAGCCCAGCAGCCUAUGUAUUUCGAGAAGCAGCUACGAGUGUGCCUACGGAUCCUAGAUGAGUUCUACAAGCUGGACACCGAGCUUCGCGGCAAUAGGAGGAGGUUCCGCACCUGCAUCGAGUGCCAGCUCCAGCUGGUCCAUGAUUCCAGCAGGGCACAUGCAUGCGGCAUCGCUCCAUACCCUCCCAUUGUUCGGAGCAUAUCAAUGCACUUCAAAACUCCUCUGGUCCGUUUCUUCCCAGAGGUUGCCACCUGGCGCUCGCAGGAGCCGACUCCGUGGCCUGAGUACACAGGACCUCAGGGUGAGCAUGUGCGCGGUAUGCUCAACGCGCGAGAGUGGCCUGACCUGCAGUGGCCACUGUACCUCAUACGAUGCCCCGAGUGCCACACAUGGCAGGAGCAGCGGGCGUUUCGCUUCACUAAGCCAGACAUGCUAUAUGUACCACCAACCCAGGCGUACGACAGCGACAUCCUCAGCCGGACUAGGCGCGACAUAGGAGUACGCCUACUGCUCAAGGACGAGGUGUUGUGCAACCACUGCUUUCUCAAGGAGCGCGGCGCGGCGAUCCUGGAGGCCGAGCUCGUCGCAGCCUUCAGGGACCUCGUCACCCAGGAGAUAGAGAUGGUGAGGCACACUGUGUACAAGAAUUGGCAGCGCUUUUUGCGCUUCACGAGCCAGCAGAGCCUCCCGCUUGUGCGCUUGGUCUACGCCCACGCUGACCCUGAGAUCCCGCGAGCCUACAAGCUAGUCGAGUACCCGCCCCGGAUGACCUCGUCCGAAUUGGAGUCCGUGACGGCCAGGAGGUUCUACAUGUUUGCGGUCGCGGUGAAUCAGAUAAUGCAGUCGCCGCUGUGGUUUCCGCUCGUCCAGGCACCGUACAUCUUCUGGGCGGCGACCAAUCGCAAUUUCAUUGAACACUGGGUCUGGCUGGAGGAUGUCCGUGCCAGAUUGGACAGAGGGGAUGACUCGUUGUCCGAGUCGGCGCUGGCCAGGCGCGGCCCUUGCCUAACUUGA